GAAUCGAACCCGGGACCCUUCAGUCCGCAGGCCGACGCUCUAUCCACCGAGCCAAACCGGUUUCGGCAGGAUGCCCACUCUUACCUGCACAAUUGCUGUAUGGUUUUUGAGCUGCCUUGUAUUGACCUUGACCACUAAAGCGGUUGAUGAGGAGCUGGUUCAUCCAGAGGAGUUGCCCACCCUGUGGGGUCAGAGGUCAGAGGGGCCUCAGUCCAGGCACUUCCAGCUGUCCCCUCUCUUGCUGUACCUGAGCCCCAUACCCUUGCUGAGGCCAUCCCCCUUGGUCUCUCUGCCCUGCCUAGCCCCCCACCCAACACACACACUAGGACCCCUUUCAGGAUUCAGGGGGAGGUGGUUGAGGAGGGAAAGCCGGCUCGUGUUCCCCAAAACACCCACCACAACCCCAGACCUUCCAGCCAGCUAACCCAGUACAGUAUUUCCCACCAAGAGGUUACUGUAUUGAGCUGAGGGCUCCAGCAGCGGCAAUCGCGAAGUUCAGCCACCAGAGGGUCUCAGCGAGCCCUGAGCGUGAAGGCGGAGCCCGAGCGCGGGGCCGUGGUCUAGCGAUGACCAAGCCACGCCCCCACAUCGGGCCCCGCCCUCAGGCCCUACAAAACCCCGGAGGAGGGGAUGGGUGGGGCAAAGCUGGAUCAGCUGAGUGACAGUCACGGGACCGGGACCCGCUCCGUUUGGCUUCUUGGAGGAGAGGACAUGGAGAAGGAACGAGAGACUCUGCAAGCCUGGAAGGAGCGCGUGGGGCAGGAGCUGGACCGCGUGGUGGCUUUCUGGAUGGAGCACUCCCACGACCAGGAGCAUGGGGGUUUCUUCACCUGCCUCGGCCGCAACGGGAAGGUGUAUGACGACCUCAAGUAUGUCUGGCUGCAGGGGAGGCAGGUGUGGAUGUACUGUCGCUUGUACCGCAAAUUUGAGCGCUUCCGCCGCCCUGAACUUCUGGAUUCAGCUAAAGCAGGUGGCGAAUUUUUGCUGCGCUACGCCCGAGUGGCACCUCCUGGGAAGAAGUGUGCCUUUGUCCUGACGCGGGAUGGCCGCCCGGUCAAGGUGCAGCGAACCAUCUUUAGCGAGUGUUUCUACAUCAUGGCCAUGGAUGAGCUGUGGAGGGUGACAGGGGAAGCACGUUACCAGAGCGAAGCUGUGGAGAUGAUGGAUCAGAUCGUCCACUGGGUGCGGAAAGACCCAUCGGGACUGGGCCGGCCCUGGCUCCCAGGGGCCCCAGCCUCAGAGUCCAUGGCGGUGCCCAUGAUGCUGCUCAACCUGGUGGAGCAGCUCGGGGAGGCAGACAAGGAGAUGGCGAGCAAGUACGCGGAGCUGGAUGCUUGGUGCGCCCAGAGGAUUCUGCAGCAUGUCCAGAGGGAUGGGCAGGCUGUGCUGGAGAACGUGUCAGAGGAUGGCAAGGAACUCCCCGGUUGCCUGGGGAGACACCAGAAUGCAGGCCACGCACUAGAAGCUGGAUGGUUCCUGCUCCGUCACGCCACCCGGAAAGGUGACCCUGAACUUCGAGCCCACAUUAUUGACAAGUUCCUAUUGUUACCUUUCCGCUCUGGAUGGGAUCCUGACCACGGAGGCCUCUUGUACUUCCAGGAUGUGGAUGGCCUCUGCCCUACCCAGCUGGAGUGGGCCAUGAAGCUCUGGUGGCCGCACAGUGAAGCCAUGAUUGCCUUCCUUAUGGGCUACAGCGACAGUGGGGAACCUGCCUUACUGCACCUCUUCUACCAGGUGGCUGAGUACACCUUCCGCCAGUUUCGCGAUCCUGAGCAUGGGGAGUGGUUUGGCUACCUAAACCGAGAUGGGUCGGUUGCCCUCACCAUCAAGGGAGGUCCUUUCAAAGGCUGCUUCCACGUGCCGCGGUGCCUAGCCAUGUGUGAAGAGAUGCUGGACGCUCUGCUGAGCCGCUGAGCCCCUGUCCCUGUCCACGCCCCGAUCCCUGCCCAGGGCGCCGGGUCCCCACCUGCCGAUCCCGCCCGCGGAACCGCAAAAUAAAGCUGAGCCUGUUCCUCUGCC